UCAACAACAGAUAACAGUUCUUAGGAUCUCAUUCCCACACCUUAAUAAUCAUGGACAGGCAUUAUUUAAAUAGGCAUGUCACCAUUGGGGCUUUAUAAGUGAAUGAACACAGUACAUCAAUGUAAUCUGCCAUACCUUUUUUUUUUAUUUGCUUUUUAUUUUAAGUUCUUCUAAUAUUUUAAGGAUUUUAUAAUUUUUCUGUUGGUUUGCCUUUUCUUUUUUACUUUUUGUGUAUUUUCUACUUUUAGGUCUCUGCUGAAAUAACCAUUGCUGGUGCAUUAGAAAACCAGUUGUUCCUCUGUAUGGUGUAGGUCCACUGAAGAGCCAAAGCCAAUGUCAGGUCCUAUGGGUUACACUCCUCCAGAGGGGGGCUGGGGUUGGGCAGUGGUGGCUGGUGCCUUCAUCUCUGUUGGUUUCUCCUUCGCGUUCCCAAAAUGUAUCACUGUGUUCUUCAGAGAUAUCGAAGUGAUCUUCAAUGCCAGCACAAGUCAAGUUUCAUGGAUCUCAUCUAUCAAUGCAUCCUUCAUAUAUGCAGGAGGUCCAAUUAGCAGUAUUCUGGUGAAUAAAUAUGGCAGUCGUCCUAUAAUGAUACUAGGGGGUUGCCUCUCGGGAACUGGACUGAUUGCUGCAUCAUUCUGCAACACAGUGGAGGCUUUGUAUCUUUUUGUAGGUGUGAUAACAGGUCUUGGACUGGCGUUCAAUCUCAAUCCAGCCCUCAUAAUGAUUAGCAAAUAUUUUUACAAAAGAAGGCCAUUUGCUAAUGGAAUUGCCAUGACUGGUACCCCAGUAAUUAUGUCAACUUUAGCUCCUCUGAACAGUUGGUUUUAUAACCAGUUUGGUUGGAGGGGUAGCUUCCUAAUCCUGGGUGGGAUUCUGCUCAACUGUUGUGUAGCUGGAUCUCUCAUGAGGCCUAUUGGGCCAAAACCCAAACCUGCUGUGGAGGAAGUUAGUGAUGAUGGAGAGAAGAAAACAGUGAUGGAGAUUAUCAACAGUGUAAUUGAUCUGUCUCUCUUCAAACACCGUGGAUUCCUCCUGUACCUCAUAGGCAAUAUUGUGCUGUUCUGUGGUAUUUUCACUCCCCUGGUGUUCCUCAGUAAUUAUGCCAAGACUAAGAACAUUUCAAAUGAGAAGGCUGCAUCAUUGCUUUCAGUGCUGGCCUUUGUGGACAUGGUGGUGCGGCCAUCCAUGGGAACAGUGGCCAAUACCAAAUGGGUGCGACCCAGGAUACAGUAUUUCUUUGCAGCUUCAAUUCUGUUUAAUGGUGUGUGUCACUUGCUUGCCACCCUUGCACAGGAUUAUGUAGGGUUUGUGAUCUAUUCAGCUUUCUUUGGGUUUGGUUUUGGGUGGCUGAGUUCUGUCCUGUUUGAAACCCUAAUGGAUCUAGUGGGAGUCCAGCGCUUCUCCAGUGCUGUGGGCCUGGUCACCAUCUUGGAGAGUGUGCCAGUGAUACUUGCCCCACCCUUGUUAGGAAAAUUUAAUGACAUCUACCAUGACUACAAAUACACUUACAUAUGUUGUGGAAUACUCCUGCUGGUCGCAAGUGUGUUCCUCUUCAUUUGCAUGGGAAUUAACUACAGGCUGCUGGAUAAGGAAGCAAAGGAGGAAGCUAGAAAAUCUCAGCCAAAAGUAAAAGAGGAAGAAUCCACCAUAGACAUUGCAAACAAGCCUACUAGCAAUGAGACAGCUGUAGCACUGUGAGCGCUGAACACUACUAAAACUGCAGGAGAUUCUGUAUGCAAAAAGUAAGUGAUCUAGUCCAUUAAUGACUAGCAUGGCAAACUGAAUUCAAAUUAAUUCGCUGAAAGAAAAAUAUUUUAAUCAAUGCAGUUUUGCUGCUUAUAUAACCAGGUUAGAUUUUAAAGAAGUGUAUUAAUCAAGUUCAUUCUCACAAAAUUGAAUUUUACACUCCUGGGGGAAAAGGGGGGCCAAAAUUUGCCUAAAAUGGCGAAAUAUAUCAUUUUUUAUGGCCUUAACAAAAAAUCAUUGGUCAGGAAAUUAGCAAGAAUUAAACAAAUAGAUAAAGUAACUUGGUAUUGGAUAGUUUCUCCCUUUGAUUUCUUUAAACGUUUAAGAUUUGUGGGUAAACUUCUGGACAGCUAUUUAUUGUUGUUUUAUUUUUAUUAUUAAAUUUUAUUUUAUUUAUUUAUUUAUUUAUUUUAUUUUAUUUGUAUUUUGUACACCCAGACAUGUGUUAGCUUGAAUUUUACAUCAAACAUUUUAAUCAUUAUCAUGAUUUUACUUUUGCGUACAAGAAGACUAAGUGAAUUUCCCUGUUUCUAGCUUUUCCCCCAAACAGUUCACUGCAGCAAAAGUAAAUGAGCAAUUGGUAGCACAGGAAGUCUCAGGAGUACAUUUGUUUAAUUCUCACUCAUUUUCUGACCAUUGAUUUGUUGUUAAGACCAUUAAAAGCUUAAGGGACAAAACCGAAAAUUUCCCUUAAACAUAUAGUCAUGUGAAAAAAUAAGUACACCUCAUAGAAAUUGUUGGCUUUUUGACAUAUUUAGAUAAGCAAACAUUUGAUAAUUUUGAAAGGGUGCCUGUUAAUAAAGUUGAUGUACUUGAACAAAACCCCAAGGAAAAUGAGCUUUUUCAAUCAUUUAAGCAACAGAAAUAUCAAUAGAUGUGAUAUUCUUCUGUGGCUAAAGUAAGUACACCCUUGGCCUCAGAAGCUAGUAUUGCCCCCUUUUGCAGAAAUAACCUCUUGUAGGUGUAUUGCAUAAUUGUCCACCAGGCUUGCUCGAAUUUUUGACCACUCUUCCAGGCAAUGUUCUUUCAGUUACAACCCCCCCCCCCCCCCCCAAACAUUUCAAUGGGAUUCAAAUCCAGGCUUAGACUAGGCCAUCCCAUAACCUACAUUUCUUCUUUUUUGAGCCAUUCCUUGGUGGAUUUGCUAGUGUGCUUAUGAUAAUUAUCCUCU